AUGAAGGCUGCCCUGUCCGGUCGCCAGGACCCCGCCCUGGUCGUCGCUGGCAGGUCCAGCGCCCUGCGGGUUACCGGCCUGGAGGAUGCCAUCAAGCGGGCCAAGGCUUACGAGGACGCCGGGGUUGACGCCAUGUUCCUCGCCGGUGCCCAGACCCGAGCCGAGGUCGAAGCCGUGUCCGCCGAGGUAAACAUUCCGCUGCUUUUGGGCGGUGCCGGCGGCGAACUGGCCGACCUGGACUUCCUGAGCGGCGCCGGGGUUCGCGUUGCCCUCCAGGGCCACCUUCCCUUCGCAGCGGCAGUCAAAGCAGCCUACGACACCAUGAAAUCGCUUCGGGAUGGGGUCAAACCCGCCGACCUGACCGACACCCUGGCCUCCCCCGAACUAAUGAACCAGCUAACCCGCCGCGACGAUUACAACCAGUGGGUCAAGGACUUCUUGGGGUAG